ACAUUAAUUUAUGAUAUCUUCAAUUUUAAGCGAAAGUCGAGAAAAUGGUGGUAGUACAAGAAGACAAUGCAAAUAGCAUGAUAACCACACGAAUUCUGUGGAGAUUGGGAAACAAACAGAAGAGCCCAUAAUGGAGGUGCAAGUGCAAAGAGGCAUCAUGCAGCAUCCCUAUGAUGUGUUAGUCAAGGGAGUAAUGCGGGUAUUGGAGGCCAAUCUUCUUCCUGACUUCCUUCUCAGACGAAUCACCCGAACACUUUUGGCAAGGAGUCUGCAUUUGGGUUACAAGCCCAAUACCCAAUUACAGCUUCAAGAUCUCAUGGCUUUUAUCAACUCUUUGAAAAGGAUGCCUAUAGCAUUGAGCACAGAGAAGCCCAAAGCCCAACACUACGAGUUACCCACUUCAUUCUUCAAGUUGGUGCUUGGGAAAAAUCUCAAAUAUAGUUCAUGUUAUUUUGCAAGUGAUACAAACACGCUAGAUGAGGCUGAGGAGUCAAUGCUGUCACUAUAUUGUGAGAGGGCACAGAUUAAAGAUGGGCAAACUAUUUUGGACAUUGGAUGUGGCUGGGGCUCUCUUACUCUCUAUAUGGCCAAAAAGUAUCCAAAUAGCCAUGUCACUGGCAUUUGCAAUUCUACCACACAAAAGGAAUAUAUAAUAGAGAAAUCUAGUGAAUUGGGGAUGUCCAAUAUAGUUAUAUAUGCUGGAGACAUUACCAGUUUUAAGAUGGAGAGCACUUUUGAUCGCAUAAUAUCUAUUGAAAUGUUUGAGCAUAUGAAAAACUAUGGAAAACUCCUUAAAAAGAUAUCGUUGUGGAUGAGUCAAGAAAGUCUUCUUUUCAUUCAUCACUUUUGCCACAGAGUAUUUGCAUACCACUUUGAGGACAUCAACGAGGAUGAUUGGAUGGCAAGAUAUUUUUUCACUGGUGGAACAAUGCCAGCAGCAAGCUUACUCUUGUUUUUUCAGGAACAUGUUUCGGUCAUUGAACACUGGCUUGUAAAUGGAAAACACUAUGCUCGAACAAGUGAAGAAUGGCUGAAAAAUAUGGACAAGAAUAUGAAAUUUAUCUAUCCAAUUUUGAUUGAUACAUAUAGUGUGGACUCAGCUAAAAAGUGGAUGGUCUACUGGCGAACAUUUUUCAUUGCGGUUGCAGAACUUUUUGGAUACAAUGAUGGGGACGAAUGGAUGGUUUCCCAUUUUCUCUUUAAAAAGAAGUGAGGAUUUGGUGAUUUGGAUAUCCACAUCAAGUUAGAAUUCAUAUGAAAAUAGAACAAAGAUCUAUCAAACCUAAAAUCUUAGAUGGUAGGAGGAAUGUUACUGAAUUCCGCCUCAGAUGGGUGUUGGGUUUUAAUGAAUUUUCUAUUUAUAGUCAAUCUAAAAUGUAAAAUUAGGUUCGACAAUUCUUAUAAACACAUUAAUAUGGUCUACAAAUGCAAAAAGGGUAGCCAAGCAAAGCAGUGGAGUGCCAAACUAUGAGUAACUGAUGACUUGCUUUAUUGGAAUAAAUUGCGCAAUGAUUUUUUAUUGCAAACUUCUAUGAUAUGGAGUUUUCAUACCAGAUGAAAGACCAUAUCAAAUAGUAAUAAAAAAACAGUCAAAGUCAUUUGUUUA